AUGGAUCAAUCUCAAACGAAGGCUCUGGCAUGUCUUCAGCCCUUUGUCCAUGUCGCGAAUACCACAAAGAACCCUUCACCCCGCUUCGUCGCCGAACUGAUCAAAUCCACCAUUUCCGCUCCGGGCACUUACAUCUUCACCGAGCUUCUCCAGACACCAGCGUGCCAGAGCCUCCGAGGAACCGACCUGGAGUCGUGGCUGACCCUUCUUGAGAUCUUCAGCUGGGGCACGUACGAAGAGUACCAAGCGACGCCAAACCUCCCACCUCUCGAUGACUCUCAAGCCUUCAAACUCCGCCAACUCAGCCUCCUGACCCUCUCCUCGCCUUUUGCACCAAGCAACACACCGGCAACAACGAACACCCUGACCUACGAUUCCCUCCUGCAAUCACUCGUCCUACCCGACACGGCCAGCCUAGAGUCUCUCGUGACGCAGUCCAUCUACGCAGGCCUCCUCGCCGCCCGGCUCUCCCCAACAUCCACGCCACCGUCCGUGAACGUGACGUCCGUGGCACCGCUACGAGACCUGCGCCCUCAAUCCCUCCCUGCGCUCCUCCAGAUCCUACAAGUGUGGGAGUCGCGCUGCACGACCAUGAUCAGCGACCUGGACACCAAGAUCACCAGCUUGCGGAAGGAGGCGGUCAAGCGCAACACGACCGAGCGCAGGAGACAGGACGCCGUCGACGCCGCGGUCCUGUCUACGAAGCCGCCCGUGGCGAAUCCCGAUCGUGCCCAACUCCGCGCCGGAGGAAGGCUGCCUGGUAAGCGAGACCUCGACGCUCAAAUGGAAGGAGAGGGCGACGACAUCAGCGACGACGACGUGCAGAUGGAUCUCGACGAGGGCCUCGGCGACGUUAGUAGCGGCACCAGCUCACGCGGAGGACACGGCGGGGGAAGCUCCAGAGGCGCAAAGAGAAACAGAGGUCGCGGUUCAAAAUGA